AUGUUUGAGUUGAGGAUGCUGGUGUCAUUAUGCCAGCAUAGACAGGUCAUUAUGUACUCGAUGUCAACUUUUAAUUUUUUCCAGUUCGUUUGUUUACAUUUCCAGUCGUUUCGCAAGCAAAGCCAAGCGAAAAAUAAACAGACGACAGUGCCAUUUUUGGCUCGACUGCAAGAAUUAAGCAGAGGACUGAAGAAGAUGAAGGAUGUGGCAAUGCAGCUGCAUAUAUAUAUAUAUACGUAUGCAUAUAAAGGGACACGGACAUUUCCUCAUGGUCCUCACUCCCACGACUCAACGUGCCAUCUAUCAAAACAGCACACGACGCUUAAAGUCUGCGUGAUAAAAUUUAUCAGGAGAGGGAAAAUCUGGGCUGAGAAAGACGCCGCCGGCACUGGAAAAUCGAUUCAUUCUCUUUGGACUGUCGGUGUUUUGCAAGGGACAUCCCUCCCUCCUCCGUCCCAAACGCAUACCACACCAUCACAUAUCUACCUGGCAUACACCUAUACCAUCCAUCCAUCCAUCCAUCCAUCAGACGUCGCUUUUAGCAGUGAUAGUAUCAGUCAUCACAUAUUUACAAAUCUCUCUUGCACUAUAUAA